UUGUUGUCUUUAAAAGUCACACUCUGUCCGGUUCCCCAGAAAAAGGAAAAAAUAAAAGUAAAAAUAAAAAUUGGGGCUUUAGAUUAAAAAGAAAAAAUAUUAAAAACCAAAGUUUCAAAGUUUCGUCUUUUUCUAUAUUGGCUUUCAGGUUGCAGCUUUAAAGGAGCCGAGCGGAGGGAAAUUAGGUUGCUGAGGUCCAAACUGGAAUGUUAGGUGACAAGCUUAAUAUUGAGGAUUGGGUUUGUUGUGCGGUAUAUAUAAAUUAGGUAAAAUUGAAUAAAAAUGACUUUUUGCAUCGAAUAGUUCAUAUUUUCUUCUAUGGAGAUCGAUCUUGAACUGCCAACAUGUGACCGAGAGAAAAUAGACGUUGGAUCAAAUAUAAAUGUUGACGAUGUCAAUACGAUGCGUAGAAACAAUGUUGAGGAAGAACAUGUUAAUUCUUCUGUGCCAAGUGAAAACCUUGAGGAAACUCAUGGAUCUAAUGCAAACCAAAUUGUUUCCAGUGAUCAGGAUCAGCUGGAUGUGAACAUUGUUAAGGUGGAUGGUCUAAAUAAAGGGUCUAUCUGUGAACCCUGCAGUGGUUUGGAGUUUGAAUCAAAGGAAGAAGCAUACUCUUUCUAUAGAGAAUAUGCUCGGUCUGUGGGAUUUGGUAUCACAAUCAAGGCUAGUCGGCGCUCAAAAAAAUCUGGAAAAUUUAUUGAUAUAAAAAUUGUGUGUUCUAGAUUCGGAAACAAGCGUGAGUCUGGUGCUACUGUCAAUCCAAGACCAUGUAUAAAAACAGACUGUAAGGCUAGCAUGCAUAUGAAGAGGAAAGAAAAUGGAAAGUGGGUAAUACAUGGUUUUAUAAAAGAGCAUAAUCAUGAGAUUUGUCCGGAUGACUUUUAUUAUGCUAUCAGGGGGCGGAACAAGCAAUCUGCAAUCGUUGCUUGUGAAAAGAAAGGCCUGCAGUUGGCUUUAGAUGAGGGAGAUGUACAAAUAAUGCUUGAACAUUUUAUGUGCAUGCAGGAAGAUAAUCCCAACUUUUUCUAUGCACUAGAUUUAGACCAUGAGAAACGUUUGAAAAGUGUAUUCUGGGUUUAUGCAAAAGGUAGGCAUGAUUAUAGCAAAUUUUAUGAUGUGGUCUUCUUCGAUACUUUCUAUGUAAGAAACAAAUAUAAAAUUCCUUUUAUUCCUAUUGUUGGAGUAAAUAAUCACUUCCAGUAUAUAUUACUUGGAUGUGCAUUGGUUGGGGAAGAAACUAAAGAAACUUUUGUUUGGUUAAUGCGGACAUGGCUUAAAGCAAUGGGUAGCCAAUCUCCAAGAGUGAUCAUUACUGAUCAAGACAAAUUAUUUAAAGAAGCUGUAGCAGAUGUAUUUCCUGAUGCACGCCACUGUUUUUGUUUAUGGCAUGUCUUAAGAAGGAUUCCUGAAAAUUUGGGUUGUAUGAUGAAUCAAAAUCAAAAUUUUAUGGAAAAAUUCAACAAAUGCAUUUAUCGGUCAUGGACAGAAGAACAAUUUGAAAGGAAAUGGUGGAAAAUGGUUGAUAGGUUUGAACUUACGGAGAAUGAAUGGUUUCAUUCAUUAUAUGAAGAUCGUAAAAUGUGGGUCCCAAAUUACAUGAAGGAUACAUUUUUAGCUGGAAUGUCUACGACUGAGCGAUCUGGAAGUGUGACCUCAUUCUUUGACAAGUACAUUUUUCCAGAAACUAUGUUCAAAGAAUUUAUUGGGAGGCUGUAUAAAGAAUAUCUGAAAGAUAAUUGUGACAUGGAAGCUACUGCUGAUUUUGAAACUCGACACAAGCAGCCUGGAUUAAGAUCUCUUUCACCUUUUGAGAAACAAAUGUCUUCUGUUUAUACGGAGGCAAUAUUUAAGAAAUUUCAGGUUGAGGUAUUGGGAGUAGGUUCUUGUCAUCUGAAAAAACAAAGUGAAAAUGAAGCAGCCGUUAUCUUUCAGGUUGAUGAUUUUGAAAAGCGCCAGAACUUCAUUGUUGUUUGGAAUGAAGCAGAGCGUAAAAUAUGUUGCUUAUGCCAUUCUUUUGAAUACGGAGGUUUUCUUUGUAGGCAUGCAUUGCUUGUGCUUCAAAUCUCUGGUACUGCUAAUAUCCCAUCCCACUACAUUUUGAAGCGAUGGACAAGAGAUGCAAAGGUUAACCAAACUAAUAUUGAAAUACCUAAGAGGCUUAAUUUCAGAUUUCAACGUUUUAAUGACCUGUGUAAACUAGCCAUUAAAUUGGGUGAAGAAGGAUCUUUAUCUCCAGAGGCUUGCCAUAUUGCACUUCAGGCAUUAGAUGAAGUACUAAAACAAUGUGUGGAUGUAAACAAUUCUGUAAGGAGUGUUUUGGAACCCAACAUGUCUGCAUUUCCUGGAUUCCUCAAUGUUGAAGAGAAGCAUGGAAACAGUAUGGGCAAAUCAACUAAGAAAAAGAAAACAUACAGAAAACGGAAGGGACAGUCUGACCCAGAGAGAACUGCUGGUAGGAUGCAAGAGAGCCGUCAGCAGAUGGAACAGAUGAACUCCAGGGCUCGCAACCUUGAUGAUUGUUAUAUUCCUCAACAGGAUAUGCAAGAGGUGCUUGGUUCCAGAGCUCCAGCUAUUGAUGAUUAUUAUGCUGCUCAAGACAGCAUCCAAGGAGUGGGGCGAUUGAACUCCGUUUCUCCUAUUGGUGAUGGUUACUAUUGCAACCAACAGGGGAUGCAGGGACAGUUGCAUUUGGCAUCUACACGUGUUGGCCACUAUGGGACCCAACAGAAUAUGCAGGGACUGUUGCAGGGACAGCCUAGUUUUAGAGUGGCAGCCAUGCAUGGAUGUUUCAACAUUCAGGAUAAUAUGCAAGAUGUGGAUCAGUCUGUUGGUUCAUCACAUUUUCGCAGCAUUGCAUCAAAGCAUUUACAAGAUAAACACCUCAGUCAAUAAUUGGUGGCUCAAUCCUUUCGGAAUAGAUGACAACAGAUGAGUGGAUUUCUAUUAAUCCUAGGAAGCCAAAAUAAAAAAGAGGCAAAACAACAAAACAUAUAAUCAUGGUGUAUUCAAUUUGUUUUUCUUUCUGCAAAUGUUGCUUGUUUUAUUGUCAAAAUCUCCUGUAUAUCCAAAUCAUUUGUAUAGCAGAUUAUCUAGUGAGAUAAACUGAAGCGGAGCUAAUACCAAAGCAGAUUUGACUUUCGAGCCA